GGUUUUUGAGGAAGUGGCCUUCACUGUGUACAGAGAGGAUGAGGGGAAAACAGGUGUGAGCUGCAGACUCUGACACAACAAAGACUCAUCUGGACAUGGAUUAUUCUGAAAUGUGAUCCCAGAGGAGCGCAGCUCUCUUUAGUCCCUUUAAAACUCAGACAGGAGGCUGGUUUUGGCAGCCAUGGGAACACUACAGUCCUCGCAGGGGCACUCAGAAUACACUGAUCUGGCGGAAAAAACUGGCUUUUCAUUCGAGCAAAUUGGGGUCCUGCAUAAAAGAUUCAAACAAUUGAGCCACAAUGAAGAUAUUUUACGAAGGAAUCACUUCAGUGAAAUCCCAGAUCUGGCGUGCAAUCCAAUCCGAGCACAAAUAAUUGAGGCAUUCUUUGACAGAAGAAACUUUUCCCAAGGUGAGGCAGGCCGAGUCGAUGAGAUCGGCUUCGAGGAGUUCCUGGUGGUCAUGUCUCAUUUCAGGCCCCCAUCGCAGCGCAUGACCGAGGAACAGCGGGAGAACGUCAGGAGAGAGAAACUGAGAUUUUUAUUCAACAUGCACGACACGGACAAUGACGGGACAAUAACGCUUGAGGAGUACAGACAUGUGGUGGAGGAGCUUCUGUCUCGCAGCGGAGCUCUGGGGAAGGAAACGGCCAAAAGCAUUGCUGACGCAGCCAUGUUGGAGGUGGCCAGUGUUUCAGUGGGUCACAUGGAGCCUGAUGAGUUUUAUGAAGGAAUCACAUUCGAACAUUUUCUCAAG